AUGGAUUUUACAAGUUUAUUUAACCAUUUAACAAUAAAGGCUGAUAACUUGGAUCUAGCUAUGGAUAUCCUUCCACAAAAAGACACUCUAUACAGCAGCAAAAUCGUUGAACUGGAUGAAGAUGUAAAGGAACUGAAAAAUCUCGAAUUUUUGAUGAAAAAAGCUAUUGAUAAGCAUAACAAGCGCCUAAAAGACGAAUACAGUAAUGUUAAAGGAACUAUGGAAAAUGUCAAUGAGAAAAUGCUGUAUCUUUUAACGGAAAUUGAUAAGAUGGAACCAUCAAAGAAGACAGUCCACAAUCCAUUUACUGAAUUAAAAAGCCCAGCAACAAGAUUAUUUGAUAGGCUAGAAGUGAAUCCAGCAUUUUCGGAACAAAAUACGCCAAGAAUGUCAAUCGAUAUGUAUGCUAAAAGUCCAUUCGCAAAGAAGAAAAGCUCCACAAAGUUGCAGCUUAAAUUCUCAGAUUUUGAGGCAGAAAUAACAUCUAAUCAGUUUGAUAAAAUUCCAUCGUACAUAAAGGGACGACUAGCUUUACAUGAUGUUCAAAACUUCCUCGACAGCAUCGUUAUUAAGUGCUUUAACUCAAAAUAUGAAUUAUACUAUAAAAAUCGUACCUGCCUUAAGCCAAGUGAUUAUAAUUUACAGUUAUUUUAUAAGGAACAAUCAAGUUACUUUGAAGGCCUUAAGUUCAUUACAUUAGGAGAUCUAGCUAGGAUUAUGGGCAAAAAUGUCGAUAAGAAGGAUGAAAAAUUCCUUCAAUGCCUGCGCUUUCUACAUAUAAUUAAAGAGGCACGCAAAAAUUCAGUAAUAUGCUACAUCUGGAUCGAAAAAUAA